GUGUUGUUGCUGCCUUCACCAUAGACUAUACUUGCGGACCUGUGAGGGUGGCUUACAAUAACAGUUUAGCUUGCUAGAUUAUCAACUCUAGCAAAUUAAGUAUGAAAACGACUUACUCGGCUGUUUAAAAUAAUAUUACGCCGAAGCACGAACAAACAAAUGUAGAUAAUUGGGCGAUGCUUGCUGUUUUUAAGUUGCAGUUCUUAAUAUAGAGGUGGUUUUCAUAAAUCAUGUCUACAAACUAGACAGCUAGCUGACACUAGCAUAUGCUAGUUUGACGGAGUGCGAGCUAACGUUAGUUAGUCUAGGAAGCUUUCGCUACCCAACGAAAACGAGUUGACAACUGAGUGGACCAAACGCGUUUCCCUCUCACUGAACACAUAUUUAAUAUGGUAUUCAGAUAAUCUGAGUUGUACAGUGAGGCAAGACAAUCGCUUUUCAAAUCAACUGGUUUUAUGUUUGAUGCUAACAUUAGCUAUCAUUUUGCUAAUAUUCCCGUCCGUUUUGCCUAGCUAGCUAGCUAACUAGCUCUUCUGUUGGCUAGCUAGCAUAAUAUUCACAACUGAUACCCGUUCUACUGGAAAUGGCCCCAAUUAGGCUUUCUGAAGGUGAGAUCUCAUGCCCACACUCUGCAGGUAGACGCUCUGAUGUGCUCAUGGAGAAGGCGGCCUUUGAGGGGUGGCUGGAAUCAGUCUCCGCCUCCUACCUCACACUGAGCGACCAGCAGAGGAACCAGUCGCUGGACCGCCUCAUCUCCCUGAGCGGCGCCACCCAGCUCCGCUACCUGUCCAAUGGGCUGGAGACGUUGCUGAAGAGGGACUUCCUGCGGCUGCUGCCCCUGGAGCUGGCCUUCUACCUGCUGCGCUGGUUGGACCCAGAGACACUGAUCACCUGCUGCCUGGUGUGCAAGCAGUGGAACAAGGUGAUCAGCACCUGCACGGAGGUGUGGCAGGGCGUGUGCUGCGAUCUGGGCUGGCGCAUCGACGACUCCAUCCAGGACGCACAGCACUGGAAGUGCAUCUACCUGAAGGCCAAGCUGCGCAUGAAGCAGCUGAAGGAGGAGGAGGCCUUCGAGACGUCCUCGCUGAUCGGCCACAGCGCCCGGGUCUAUGCGCUCUACUACAAAGAUGGUCUCCUCUGCACAGGCUCAGAUGAUCUCUCUGCAAAGCUGUGGGAUGUUCGCACUGGGCAGUGCAUCUACGGGAUCCAGACCCACACCUGCGCCACAGUGAAAUUCGACGAGCAAAAGUUGGUGACCGGAUCGUUUGACAACACCAUUGCAUGCUGGGAGUGGAGCACGGGUGCCAAAAUUCAGCAGUUCCGCGGGCACACAGGGGCAGUGUUCAGCGUCGACUACAACGACGACCUGGACACCCUGGUGAGUGGCUCGGCCGACUUCACCGUCAAAGUGUGGGCUCUCUCAGCAGGGGCAUGUCUCAACACGUUCACCGGGCACACGGAGUGGGUCACCAAGGUUAUUCUUUCAAUGAGCGAAGUGGAGUCCAUGAUGCACAGUCCGGGGGAUUACACCUUACUGAGUGCUGAUAAGUAUGAGAUCAAGGUCUGGCCCAUCGGCAGGGAGAUCAACUGUGAGUGUUUGAAGACCCUGGCCGUGUCAGAGGACCGCAGCGUCUGCUUGCAGCCGCGUCUGCAGUUCGACGGGCGCCAUGUCAUCUGCAGCUCCGACCUGGGCGUCUACCAGUGGGACUUCGCCAGCUUUGAUAUCCUCAGGGUCAUCAAGACGCACCACAUGCCCAACCUCUCCUUGCUGAGCUUCGGCGAGGUGUUCGCCCUGCUGUUCGACCACAGCUACCUGUACGUGAUGGACCUGAGGACUGAGGUCAUCACGGGCCGCUGGCCGCUGCCGGCCUACCGCAAGUCAAAGCGCGGCUCCAGCUUCCUGCCCGGCGUCACGGCCUGGCUCAACGGACUGGACGGGGACAAUGACUCAGGCCUGGUGUUUGCCACCAGCAUGCCCGACCAUAGCAUUCACUUGGUACUGUGGAAGGAGAACGGGUAGAACAGGCAGUGUGCAGCCUGGCAAAGACAGAACCAGGAGGUCACCAUCACUGGUACUGUGGAAGGAGAACGGGUAGAACAGGCAGUGUGGAGCCUGGCAAAGACAGAACCAGGAGGUCACCAUCUCUGCAAGAGGAGGGGGGGGAGGACAACCAAGGGUGCUCUUUGACUUCAAACAAAGACAUAAAAAUAAUCGAAAAACGGCCAACUUAGAUAUUGCAUGGACCAAAGUCUUCUCGUUUUUUGGGUUUAUUUUUAUUAUUUUAGUUAUUUUGCUUUUAGGUUCUACAACUGUUUGACACACUUGCAGUUUCAUAUACACACACAUGCAGUCUGCUUUUAGAUAGUGUGAGUAGAGCGAACUGGAACGCCAGCUGUGUCAGCACGAACUCGGCGUGGCGUGGUGGUUAUGUAACCUGGCCUUCGGGCCUGUCCAGCGUUACUGAUAAGGGAAUAAACUUUAACACGAGGAAGACCCUGAAGCUCUGCACCCAACCACCCCACCUUGGUCCUGAGAGUUCGUGUCGGCCGUCGAUCCACAACACAGGAAGCCAUCGCCACGAUCACCUCAUUACAUCACACAUUUGACUCGUACUACUACUGGAGAGAAAAACAUGGAGGAGAUGUUGCCUUAAAGUAACACUUUUUUUUCUUUGGGGGGGAGGGGGGCGGCUAAACACCCCUUUUUCAACAGUUUUGGAGACGUGAAGUGUCCGUCUAUUCAUGGAGUCAUCCAUUCAUAACAGUACAGGUUUCAGACUUCUCAUUAGAACCAGUAAACCACCACACACUGUCAUAAGCGUCAAGCAUGGCAAAAUAAAAGCCCUUGGGUUGGACAACAUUUAGCUCUUCCUCUGUCCUUCCUUUCCCUCUAUAGGAAGCAAUCCUCAGUUUUUUUAAAAGCAUAAUCUUCAGUCACCGUGUGCAUCUUUACCAAGGUAUGGGAUUUCCUAACGUCUCCAUUUUGAGAAUGAUACUUUCUUUAGUCUUGUGCCUUUCUUCCACAAACACACUUACCUUUCCAACAUCUGAGCCAUUCUAGUGGAGGUGCAAUAACACAUCCGUACAGAAGCGUUGGCAGGAAGUGUAUUCAUAAACCUGCCCUGUAUCUUAAUAGCUUUGAAGACUUCUCACACAAAGUCACAUUACUGAACCAGUAUAUCUGUAGUGUUUUUUUAAUCGUUUUUAAGUAUUUGAGCAACUACCGCUACCUAAACUCUGCACAAUUGGGUCAACAGCCAGAAGCACGGGUCAGGCAGUGAAGUUAUUUGGCCUAAGGCUUUUCUACCGGACAUGCUUGCUCUCCUCUCUGUACCAGUAGUUGGUUCUGAGUUAAUCAGAUUGGGUUGGUUAAUUAGUAAAAGGUGUGGCAGGUGGGUUUAGGUGUUUGGUAAUGCUGUGGAAUACAUAGUCAUAGUACAUGACUUUAAAAAGUCUUCCAUUGUCUUUAAUGCAGACGGUAAACUGAAAGAAAUGAGACUGCAUGUCACAAAUGGCAAAAUACUGUAUGUGUGUGUGUGUGUGUGUGUGUGUGUGUAGGGUGGGGGUUGUGAGUGAGUGAGUGAGCAAGGCACUGUUUCAGCUCUUCUUCUGCCAUAGUACACAAUCAGACCAUCUCAAAGCGUGUGAUGUUGGCUUGGCUAGAUGUUUAUAAAAUUAAAAUAAGCUGCCUUUAAAAUAAAUGAAAGUAGCAAA